UCACAACUUUAAAUGAAUGUGGAGAAUUUCACAACGAGGAGGCAUUGCGUGGGAACGCCGCUAAGGCUAAGUUACGCCCCCUGAAGAACUCGUUGAGACAGUUAAGGCUCUAGCGCUGCGUCUCCUCUGUGUUAACUCCUUACCUCAGCCAUUGGAGUAAGUCUUGGCAGCUGCCACUGCAUCAUCUCUGCAUUAGGACGUUCAGUAUUGUACGUUCAGACAGAGCGUCGUCAUGAGGUACUUUUGGCCCCGUGCGUGUGUAUUCGGUUCGAUGUCAGCAGCGUUUGGUUCACUCCUGUGGUCGCAGCAGAAGUCUGAUUCAGACCAGGGUUCAUCCAGUAGCUCCUCCUCCUCUUCUUCCUCCUCUGACACAGACCCCAGCUCUCCUUAUGAACUCAAACUUGUCCAAGUCUUGUUUCGUCACGGCGCUCGAACGCCGCUGAAGUCCAUACCUGAUGUGAUGGAGGUCCAGUGGGUCCCAACACUAUUAGAGCCUCCUCCACACUGCCACAUCAACUAUGUGGUGACAGAUCUUAAUGGCGGCCCAAAGCCCCCGGCUCCUGUAGAAGAAAGCUAUCGGAAGAACAUACUGACCGGCGGCACGUACCCAGGUCAGCUGACCACAGUGGGCAUGCAGCAGCUGUACGAGCUGGGCAAGAGGCUUAGGAGGAGGUACAUCGAGGAGACGCAUUUCCUCAGCUCCACAUUUAGCCCAGCCGAGGUCUAUGUGCGCUCCACUAACAUUGUGAGGACCAUUGAAUCUGCCAAAUGCCUAGUAGCAGGGCUCUUCCAGCAAAAACAAAAAGACCCCGUGCCAAUAUUAACAACAGAGGCUGAAUCUGAAAUCCUGUAUCCCAACUACCAUGGGUGCAAGCUGCUCAAAAUCCUUGGCAGCCACCGCUGGGCAGAGUCGUCCACUCUGCCAGACAUUGCAGCAGACCUGCAGAGCAUCCAGAGCGCGCUGGGCAUCGCCUCUCACCAGCACGUCGACUUCAUCCUCAUUAGGGACGACAUGGUUGCCAGAGAGACACAUGGCCUGCCCUGCCCGCCAGGGCUGGAUACCUGGAGGACUAAAGUGGAGCAGAGAGCAGUGGACAUGAUCUGCCAUGUCUACGAACCCAGCAAGAGGGAGAACUUGCAGCUGUGCGUGGGCCCCCUCCUGCACACGUUGUUAUCCAACAUAGACGAGAAGCUACAAGGCACCUCAUCAGAGCCUCGCCGGAAGUUGUAUUUGUUCUCCGCACAUGAUACCACAUUGAUUCCCUGUCUCAUGGCUUUGGGGGUCUUUGACAUGCGAUGGCCGCCAUAUGCCGCCGACCUCACACUGGAGCUCCACCAACAUCGGAAGACCAAUCAAGCUUUCGUUAAAGUGUCAUACCUAGGCCAGGAUCUACAUAUACCCAGCUGCAGCAGUGUCUACUGCCCCCUUGAGGAGUUCAAAGAGGCCCUGUCAGGAUACUCACUGAGCUCUGAACUCUAUAAGUCACUGUGCAACAACACAGAGGGCUUGAUCAAACCUUGAACCUGCAAACAAACAGUCCCAACAUUACAGUUACAGGUAUUAAUAUGCAUCAUGUGUUUUCCAUCCUCAUUUCUCACUCCAUCCAGCCACCAGCAGUCAUUAUACCUCACUGUCAGACUUCAGCUGUUUUACGCACAUGUCCUGGACUACAGAACCUUUUAAAUAUCUUCUAGUUUACAUCUGACUUUUGGUUCAUAAUUCCACAUAUUGUUUCAGCGGUAAUUUAUUGUUUAUUGAAUAAUGACGUGUAUGUUUUAAAUGAUUUUUCUAUACACUAUAUGCUUUAUAUUGGAUGCUCUGUGGAAAGGGGAAAAAAAUCACUUAUUAAGAGUGGAGUUUUUCCAUGUUUCUCUGAAAGUCAACACAUCUUAAAAAAAAAAUAAAAAAAACAUUGACCUGAUGACAAAUGUAUUACUUUAUUUAAAUCUUAAAAAAAGCCAAACCAAUCACUCUUAAACUGGAGUUAAUCUGUCAUUUGUCUAGGACUGUUUUCCUCUGCAGACUAAUACAAAUGUGCUUUUCUUCUACGUAUCGACUUUGCCAGGAAAUUUACAUCUUUGUUAUUGAUUCACAUACACCUAAACGGUGAGACUGAUUGCAAUAAGGUCCACAGGAACAAAUUAAAUAAAGCAGGUAAUACUUUAGGUUAAAAAAUAAGCUCUAAGCUCUUUACUUAGAAGUUAAAAUCACCAAAUAUGGAAAUCUUAAAGAGCUGAAUUAGAAUGCACCGUUCAUUCCUGCAUCUUAAAUAAUGCUUUCACAUUUAUUCUGCCGGAUUGGGUUGUGUUUACAAUCAAAUCUGUCAUUUAAUCAUCUCAUUCCUCAGGGGAGUACUUUUCAAUUCAUGUACUGUAUUUAAUGUUAAUCACCAGAUGAAUGCAGGAAGUGGACAUUUGUGAGGACGUGAAUGUUUCAUAGCCAUGUAGAGACAGGGAAUGGCACUUUCAAAAGCUGAAAUAUGAGAUUGCCUUAUUGUGGGGAUCAGACUACAGUAACGCGUGUAUCUCAUCAGCAGGAGUGUACUUAAAAUGUUCUGGUUUGAAUGGUUGAGGUAUGAAUAAAGAUUUUGAUCAA